CCUCCCAAAGUGCUGCGAUUACAGGUGUGAGCCACCGCGCCCGGCUGACUCUCCUUUUAUACCAAGGCUUUACUCAUAGGGGAGAUCGUGAUGUAUCUUUUGGCCCAGAAAUCAGGUGAUGUGUUUCUCCUGCCUGAGUUUUGCUCACAGGGAGCAUUGUGACAUAUCACUGGGCCCAGCACCCAGGUGAUGGGACUCUACUGCCUGUCUCCCGCUUUCAGGGGGAAAUUGUAACAUAUCUCUGACCAAGCACCCAGAUGAUAACUCUUCUGCCUGGUCCCUGUUCUCAGGGAAGAUUGUGACAUAGCCCUGGCCCAGCACCCAGAUGAUGCAGACGAUGUAAUACUCCUGCUCACUCUCUAUCCACAGGUUCUGCACACAAAGGAGAUUGUGACAUACCGCUGUGCCUAACGCUAAGGUGAUAUUACUCUUCUGCUUGAGCCCUGCCAAAAGAAAAGAUUGCCACAGAUCACUGGACCCAGCACCUAGGUUGGAUUGUGACUUACACUUUAGCCUAGCUCACAGUUGUGAUGAUGACACUCGUACCACAAAUCAGCCAGUAGGGGAGAUACUGGCACUUGUAGCUAAACCUAGAGAAACAGGUAAAUUAUUGGGUCUUCUCUAGGUGAGAACAUCAUAAAGGAUAACCAUUCUUUCCGAGUUUGUAUAAAGUCUUUGGAUGGUACAGAGAGUGUCGUCACAGGGUCAAGCACACAGGUGAGACUGUGUUUCCCAUACGAACAACCUACCAAAUGUUGGCAUUGUCACCCUCACAGAUGGACAGAGCCUGCUGGAAAGAUCCUGAAUUUCACACAUCGAUGUAGUCCACAGUAAAAAUUGUGACUGUCAUAUGUGAUCAUGCGACCACAGUCAAGGUGGUGACUCAUUUCAAAACAAAGUUCAUAGGCAGGUGUUAUGACUCUUGUCUUUUCACUGGAACCUGCCAAGAAGGGUGAUUGUGACAUAUCACUGGACCCAGCACCUUGGUGUUGUGACUCUCCUCUCCUCCUUGGGCCCUGCAUACAUUGUGUCUAUUGAAAUAUGGCUGGUCCAACACGUAGGAUGCUGCCAUCUCCAUGACGGCCCAUGUUAGCCAGGUGGAAAAUAAGGGGAGGAGAAGCAGGGUGCCCCUGUUGACAGCCCCAGAAGCAGAAGCUCACCCCCAGAAACACAGCUGCCUAGUGAAAAGACAGCUGAUGGUCCACGUCUGAAGGAGCUCAGUUGAGCCCAGCCUAAAUGGCUGAACAUCUCAAUUACAAGCAAAUAAGUUGUGGAUGGUUUGUUAUGCUGCAAUAGCUAACUAAUACAUGUACCCUGUGCAGAUGGAAUGCCAGGAUUCAGUGACAGGUUGAUUACUAGUUACCUUCUGACAGUGGACACCCUAAAGAGGCCCAGCCUGUGUGACCCUGUGACCUGCAGAUAUUGGGCGAUCCAGAGCUAAGACUCCAGGACCCCCUGGCAGCCUAGAAAUGGGACCAUUGACAUUUACAGAUGUGGCCAUAGAAUUCUCUCUAGAGGAGUGGCAGUGCCUGGACACAGCACAACAGAACUUAUAUAGAAAUGUGAUGUUAGAGAACUACAGAAACCUGGUCUUCCUGGGUAUUACUGUCUCUAAGCCAGACCUAAUCACCUGUCUAGAGAAAGAAAAAGAACCCUGGAAUAUGAAGCGACAUGAAAUGGUGGAUGAACCCCCAGUUAUAUGUUCUCAUUUUGCUGAAGACUUUUGGCCUGAGCAAGACAUAAAAGAUUCUUUCAAAAAAGUGACACUGAGGAGAUAUGAUAAAUGUGGACCUGAGAACUUACAAUUAAGAAAAGGCUAUAAAACUGUAGGUGAUUGUAAACUAUACAAAGGAGAUUAUAAUGGACUUAACCAAUGUUUGACACCUACCCAGAGCAAAAUGUAUCACUGUGAUAUAUAUGUAAAAGUAUUUUAUGCAUUUUCAAAUUCAGAUAGAUAUAAGACACGACUUACUGGAAAGAAACCUUUCCAAUGUAAAAAAUGUGACAAAUCAUUUUGCAUGCUUUCACAACUAACUCAACAUAAGAUAAUUCACAUUAGAGAGAAUACCUACAGAUGUAAAGAAUUUGGCAAUGCCUUUAAUCAGUCCUCAGCCCUUACUAACCAUAAGAGAAUUUAUGUUGGUGAGAAACACUACAAAUGUGAAGAAUGUGGCAAAGCAUUUAACCACUACUCAACACUUACUAACCAUAAGAGAGUUAAUACUGGAGAGAAACCAUACAAAUGUAAAGAAUGUGGCAAAGCCUUUAGCAGGUACUCAACCCUUACUACCCAUAAGAGAAUUCAUUCUGGAGAGAAGCCCUACAAAUGUGAUGAAUGUGGCAAAACCUUUAGCAUAUCUUCAACCUUUACUAAACAUAAGAUAAUUCAUACUGAAGAGAAACCCUACACAUGUAAAGAAUGUGGCAAAGCCUUUAACCGGUCCUCAACCCUUACUGGCCAUAAGAGAAUACAUACUGGUGAGAAACCCUACAAAUGUGAAGAAUGUGGCAAAGCCUUUAACUGGUCUUCAACUCUUACUAAACAUAAGGCAAUUCAUACUGGAGAGAAGCCCUACAAAUGUGAAGAAUGUGGCAAAGCUUUUAACCAGUCCUCAAGACUUACUCGACAUAAACAAAUUCAUACUGGAGAGAAACCCUACAAAUUUGAAGAAUGUAGCAGAGUUUUUACCUGUUCCUCCACACUUACUCAAGACAAGAAAAUUCAUACUGGAGAGAAACCCUACAACUGUGAAGAAUGUGGCAAAGUUUUUACCUGUUCCUCUACACUUACUAGACAUAAGAGAAUUCAUACUGAAGAGAAACCCUGUAAGUGUAAUGAAUGUGGCAAAGCUUUUAACCGGUCCUCACACCUUACUAGCCAUAGGAGAAUUCAUACUGGAGAGAAACCCUACAAAUGUGAAGAAUGUGGCAAAGCCUUUAAGCAGUCCUCAAACCUUAACAGUCAUAAAAAAAUUCAUACUGGAGAGAAACCCUACAAAUGUGAAGAAUGUGGCAAAGCCUUUAAGCAGUCCUCAAACCUUAACAGUCAUAAAAAAAUUCAUACUGGAGAGAAACCCUACAAAUGUGAAGAAUGUGGCAAAGCCUUUAAGCAGUCCUCAAACCUUAACAGUCAUAAAAAAAUUCAUGCUGGAGAGAAAUCCUACAAAUGUGAAGAAUGUGGCAAAGUUUUUACCUGUUCCUCUACACUUAGUAGACAUAAGAGAAUUCAUACUGAAGAGAAACCCUAUAAGUGUAAUGAAUGUGGCAAAGCUUUUAACCGGUCCUCAAACCUUACUAGCCAUAGGAGAAUUCAUACUGGAGAGAAACCCUACAAAUGUGAAGAAUGUGGCAAAGCCUUUAAGCAGUCCUCAAACCGUAACAGUCACAAAAAAAUUCAUACUGGAGAGAAACCCUACAAAUGUGAAGAAUGUGGCAAAGCUUUUAUCCUGUCCUCAAGACUUAAUCAACAUAAGAAAAUUCAUACUGGAGAGAAACCUUACAAAUGUGAAGAAUGUGGCAAAGCUUUUAACCGGUCCUCAAGACUUACUCAACAUAAGAAAAUUCAUACUGGAGAGAAACCUUACAAAUGUGAAGAAUGUGGCAAAGCUUUUAACCAGUCCUCAAGACUUACUCAACAUAAGAAAAUUCAUACUGGAGAGAAACCCUACAAAUGUCAACAAUGUGACAAAGCUUUUACCCACUCCUCAAACCUUAGCAGUCAUAAGAAAAUUCAUACUGGAGAGAAACCCUAGAAAUGUGAAGAAUGUGGCAAAUCUUUUAAUCGAUCCUCAAGACUUACUCACCAUAAGAAAAUUCAUACUAGAGAGAAGCCUUACAAAUGUGAAGAAUGUGCCAAAGCUUUUACCCGGUCUUCAAGACUUACCCAACAUAAGAAAAUUCAUAGGCUGGGCGUGGUGGCUCACGCCUGUAAUCCCAGCACUUUGGGAGGCCGAGGUGGGCGGCUUCCAGGGAAUCUUGGCAUCUUAGCUGUGGAUCUCUCGAUCCCUGCAGGUCACAGAGGAACAGAGGCUGGGCCACUAGACAGAGACAUAGGGCAGCGAAGACAAGACUUGAGCUUCGAGUGCAGCAAGGACAAACUGGAAGCGCUCCCUGUGGGCCAGCUGCAUGACAUUAUAGGACAGGUUCCAGCCGACCCUGCUUAG